UGGAAGCAGCUGGGUCGGAAAAUUCAAAUCUCCCGCCAGGUCCUCUGAUUGGAGGAGAGGAGGAGAGGGCGGGAAGCAGGGAGGGGAAGGAAGCCCCCCCCAGACCGAAACAUCCAGUGAGGGGGGGGAGAUGCUAACCGAAGGCGGAGCUAGCUCGGACUCUGAGGAAGAACAGACGGACAGCAGCGAUGAUGCCCCCCUCCCCGACGCCCAGCUGGCUAAGAGGCCGGCAUCUGAGUCACCUCCCGACCUUACCCCCAAGGUAGGGAAGAGAGGAAGGCUGGAGGAACUCUUUGGUUCUUUCGGAGAGGAAUCUAGAGCCUUCCUCGCUGGCUCAUCCAAUGAGGUCUCGUUCCUAGACUUUGCUCACCAAUCAACCCCGGAGGACCCAAACAAGGACCGGGAACCAGUGACUCCAGUGCGCGGCCUCCUGUACGGAGACGCCUCCACCGUUUGGCGCAACGUGAGCCGUCACGUCCUUCCAAACAGACUCCAGGACCUGUCAUGGAUGGUGGCUCAUGGGAUCCUGCCGGUCAGAGCCAUUAUGCAUUCCCGCGGCAUGUCUGCAACGUCCAUCUGCCCCCGACCCAGUUGUGGCGCGCCGGAGUCGGUGAGGCCCCCGCUGUGGGAGUGCAGCGCUGCUGUGGACCUGUGGGCGAAGGCCGGCUCCUUGCAAUUCCCACACUUGCCAGCAAGGGAGGUCCUUCAUGUACAGCUAGUGCUGUAUGGGGUGAGCCAGCUGAAAAUGACUAAAAAAGACUUCGAUGAGAGGUGGUUCACCCCAGCCACCAUCAAAGACGCCAUUUGGACCUCCAGAAACUUGCUGGUGAGCAGGCGCAGGCAGAUGCCCCCCGUGGCUGUGAUCCGGAUGGCAGCAGCAACAAAAGAGACGUCAAGGGCUGCAGGUGGCACGCCAAGGACACAGCCACAAAGAAGAAUCGCCUGCGCCUCCGUGGACGAAGGAGCCGACGCUCCACGAGCAGAGGUCCAAGCAGCGGCGGCCUGGCUCUCCGGGUGAGGCAGGAGGGAAGGAGCUUCAGGGCAGGUUUUCCCCUCUGAGCACCAAGUGCUGUCUGGAAGGACGGGACGGCUCCGGACUUUGGAAGGAGUCACCCCGGUCCUGCUCAACUUUUAACACACAGAGAUUUUGUAUUUUAUACUCUUGUUCUUAGCUUCUUUUAGUCUGAACUGAUGAUUUUGUAAGUUUUUAAAAGUUUCUGAAUAAUUGCAACAAUGCAAUGUGUUUUAAAUGUUUACAGUAACAAUAAAAUU